UGCCAGGGCAUGACCUGCUGCCGCAGAUUAAAUAGGGAACCUACAAUAUGUGGAUUACUUUAAAUUUAUUGCAAUAUAACCUUACUGCAUUAUAAGUUUUACUUUUCUUUUAUUCUUAAGGGCUUCCAUUCUUAGGAAUGUCUACCGAAGUCGAUAGAACACUGUGGGUUGGCAAUUUGUCAGAUAAAGUUUCGGACGAAUUGUUGUACGAGCUAUUUCUGCAGGCAGGACCACUGGAGAGAGUGAGCAUCGCAAAGGAGAAAGAUGGCCGACCAAAGGGAUUCGCCUUCAUUACAUUUGCGCACGAUGAAUCUGUGCCGUACACUGUACAACUUAUGGAUGGAAUCCAGCUGUUUGGUCGCGUCUUGAAACUCCAGUUCAGACCAGGCUCCAGUCAUCAACAACAACAGCAGCAGCAACAGAGAGAGACUAGCCUGCGCAAUCCCUAUCACCACAGCUCCCCCAUACCAAACAGCGCACACAUGCUUCCAAACAUGAACAUGAAUGUUCCCGUGAUGAAUAUCAUGAACAUUCCCCUUAACCCAUACAUGAACAAUCAACCCAUGGGUGUGAUGGGCGGCCAAAUGUCACCCUUGAUUCAGCAGUCCCAUCCACCAAAUUUCCAGCGUUCAAAUACUUGGCACGGUGGGGAGGGUUCUGGAAGCGAAGGGGAAUACGGACGUGCUGAUAAUCGUAACAGCAGGGGCCAUCACGGCAGAAAGGUGGAUCGGGAUAACGAUCGCAGUGGGUACUCUGACCGGGAUCGAUCUCACAGUCGGAACAGAAACGAUGGCUACCAUGAUGACAGGCAUGGCGGGGGUGGAGGUGGUAGUGAGCGUGAGUUUGAAGCCAAGCGACAGAGGGUUAUGGAGAAAACUAACAGAAUGAAGCAGAGCUAUCAGCAUGACAGUCAUGGGUCACAUGGCCAGAGAUCUCACGGGCAAGGUCAUAGGAGGGGGGGUCGAUAUUGAUAUUUCUAUGUUGUGUCUUCAGGGCCAAAAACCCUUUCUUUGAAGGAGCCGAAUAUCGGCCGCUUCCCCAACCAAAGUAACCUUUUUUUUCCCCCUAAUUUGACCAAAAUUUUCCCCAAUUAUACUGGAAAAAUUCCUCACCAAAGUAAUAUCUAAACUACGUAUGAAAGUCAAACUUGUUUACUUGUUGAGCCUUCUAUUAGGCUGGAAAAACCCAGAGCCGUAAAAAGUCUCCUAGGGGAAGGGGAUAUUCAUAUUGGUUGAAUAUGCCUUUCAUUACCUCCUGUAUUAUUCUCCUAGAGGGGUAUGCGUAUAGUAUUGAUCAAAUAAGCUUGACAUAAUUUUGUCGUUCGUGACCAAUCGGCGAAUGACAGAGGGUCAAAUUCAAAAGCUAUAAAUAUAUUACAUUUAAAGGCUAAUUACGACUUAAAAGAUUUUCAGUCAUGUGGAUAUUUUUGGAAUAUUAUGUUUCAUUAUUAUUUUCCCCAAAUAAGAAAAAAUCGUGCUAUUUUUCCCCUAAAAAAGGCUGAGGCCCCUUCCCCAAAAAGGGUGUUUUGGCCCUGGUCUUAUUGUUCAUGUUGGCCGUGGUCAAAGCAACAGAAGGAAUGGAUUAUUAAACUGUGUCCAUUUUUGAGUAAUUUAUAAUGUGUGACAGAGUCCUAAGAGGCGUUGAUAUUGGAAUGCCUUCUACAUGUAUGUGCCUUCUUGUUCAUGUUUUACAUGAUCAAAGCAAUUUGUAGAUUUUGCAACUGUGUCUUUUCAAUCAUCAAAAUUGUAUGACAUGGGUUGGACAAAAAGUAGGUCUGAUUAAAAAUUGAGUCAGACAAUUUUUUAUAUGUAAAAACGUUAAUACUGAAAUUAUGAUCUUUCCACUCAUUGUUUCAUGAAAAUAGACUAGUAUAUCGAGAAUACAUUAAAUUGUUUGAAUAUUUAUUUACAGAGAGGGUCCAUAUUGAUCAAUGUACAUAAAUAAAUCAUGCACAGCAUUUUACAGAAAAAGGGUCGUUAUUUAAAUGCCUGGUAAUUAUUUUUUUGACUCAAAGGGUUUCAAUAUUUAAUUUUGUGGAUGCCAGAUGCUGGUCAAACCUUUGUUAAAUGUUCAUAGAACUUAUGUAUCUUAUCUUUUGACUUGAUACAUGUAUGCCUGUUUAUCCGGAAUAGCUGUAAUGGUUAGUUACAAUAAAUCUUAGUCAUGUGCAAAGUUUUACUUCAUAAUAAAUGUAAAUAAAU